AUGAGCGCCACUGACGUUAAGGCGUCUGUGCUUCAUGCCGCAACAGAUGUUCGGAUAGAAACCCGGCCACUACCCGUCCCAAGCCAAGGAGAAAUCCAGGUAGCCGUACAAGCAACUGGUCUCUGCGGCUCCGACCUCCAUUACUUUCGUCACUUCCGCAAUGGCACCAUCCAAGUCCGGGAACCACUGACCCUCGGUCACGAGUCUGCCGGCAUCGUCGUGGCUAUCCCGUCAAGCGGAUCCCCAUUCCAAGUCGGCGACCGCGUCGCCCUCGAGGUCGGCCUGCCCUGCGAGCAAUGCGAGCUGUGUCUCGCCGGCCGCUAUAACAUCUGCCGCGGUAUGAACUUCCGCAGCUCCGCUAAGGCCUUCCCGCAUUUUCAGGGUACCUUGCAGGAGAGGAUCAACCACCCGGCUAAGUGGUGCCACAAGCUGCCAGACACCCUAACCCUCGAGCACGGCGCCAUAGUCGAGCCCCUGUCCGUUGCCAUGCAUGCGCGGGACCGCGCGAGCAUUACUCCCGGGUCCACGGUACUAGUCCUCGGCGCCGGGGCCGUAGGUCUGCUCUGCGCUGCCGUGAGCAAGGUGGCCGGUGCCAAAACCGUCGUCAUCGCGGACAUACUGGAAGACCGGGUGAAAUUCGCCGUUGACAACGGAUUUGCUGACGCCGCGUUCACGGUGCCGAUCCCUGCGACGAGACCGGAAACGAUAGAGGAUAAGCUUGCGUACGCUCAGGACGUAGCGGCGAAGCUUAAGGCCUUACAGGUUGCGGGGGCAGAGAAUGGGGUUGGGGAGGCAGCGGUGACGUUUGAGUGCACGGGUGUUGAGUCGUGCAUGCAGACGGCGAUAUAUGCAACCCAACCCGGCGGCAAAGUCAUGAUCAUCGGCAUGGGCGCGCCCGUGCAAACCCUCCCCAUCAUGGCCGCAUCCCUAAAAGAAGUGGACCUCGUCGGCGUCUUCCGCUACGCCAACGCGUACCGCAACGCCAUCGACCUCCUCGCGAGCAACAACCCCUUGUUCCCCGACGUGCAGAAGCUGGUCACGCACCGGUUCCGCGGGUUGGAGAAUGUGCCUGCGGCGUUCGACACGGCGGCGAAGGUCAAGGAUGAGAGGGGGGAGUUGGUUAUUAAGGUUAUGGUGGAUAUGACGGCGUAG